AGGAAGCAGAGAGGAGACGUUGGUGGAAGUGGCAGAAAAGGAGGUAAUAAGAUAUUAUUAUUAUUAUACAUAUUUUUAGAAGGACACAAGGAUCUCUACAAGGACGUCAUGAUGGACAAUCAGCCGCCCCUCACAUCACCGGAGUGCGGGAAGGGUUUCCCUUCAAAAUUCCAUCUUAAUGAGCAUAAAAGGUCUCACACGGGGGAGAAGCCGUAUUCCUGUCCUGAGUGCGGGAAAUGUUUUUCACAAAAGUCUAAUCUUCAAAAGCAUAUGAGGCUUCACACAGGAGAGAAGUCAUAUUCCUGUCCUGAGUGCGGGAAAUGUUUUAUACAAAAAUCACAUCUUGUUACACAUCAAAGGCUUCAUACAGGGGAAAAACCAUACUCCUGUUCUGAGUGUGGGAAAUGUUUUUCAGACAAAUCUUUUUAUCACAGACAUCAAAGAUUGCACACAGGUGAGAAGCCAUAUACCUGUCCUGAGUGUGGGAAAUGUUUUGUAGAAAAGGCAAAACUUGUCACACAUCAGAGAUCUCACACGGGGGAAAAGCCAUAUACCUGUCCUGAGUGCGGGAAAUGUUUUUCAGACAAGUCCAAUCUUUACAGACAUCAGAGAUUGCACACGGGUGAAAAGCCAUAA